AUGAAUAAAUUAUUAUCAAGUAAUCUAAAACCUGCAGAUCAAAAAACACCAAUACUUUCCAGAUCUAAAAGUAUAGCAAAAAGAAUUGACGAAGAAAAACUUGAGUAUAAAACUCGUAAAGCUAUAAGUGCAGAGAAAAAUAAAAAUUUAAUGAAAGAUCGAGUAAAAGUUGAAUUAGAUAUUGAGAAAUUGGAUUAUGAAAGAAAUUUAAGGAAAAUUGCCACUAGUGGAGUUGUACAAUUAUUUAAUGCUAUCAGAACAUCGCAACAAGCCACUGAUGAGGUAAUUAAAUCAUCUGGUGGUAUACAAAGGUUAACAACAAAAGCAACAAAAGAUGUUACAUCAAUGUCAAAAGAAACAUUUUUAGAUAUGUUAAAAAAUGGAAAAACCGCAUAA